AACACCAAAAGGCGUGGCCACCUCCCUCCAAUUUAUAGACACACCUUUGAGAAAAUUCAGAGCAAGCAAGAAGAAGAAAAAAAAGCAAGAACAAAGUUGAUCAGACAAGCGAGGAUUGAUCAUGGAAAUCCGAUCCAAUCCGACGGCGGACAACUCGUCGGAGCCGCCGCAGCAUACCCAGCGCAAUUCCUCUCAGAAAAAGCCUCAGGCUGCUCCCAUUUCCGUCGACUCCUCCUCUGUUUCUCAAAGGCUUCAGAAGGAGUUGAUGUCUCUAAUGAUGAGUGGAGGAGAACUUGGAGUAUCAGCUUUUCCUGAAGGUGAGAGCAUUUUUACAUGGAUUGGCACAAUCGAAGGUGGUAAAGGAACUUUGUAUGAGGGUUUAUCUUACAAACUCUCUUUGAGAUUUCCUAUGGAUUAUCCUUUCAAGCCACCACUAGUCAAGUUUGAGACAAUGUGCUUCCAUCCAAAUGUUGAUCAGUUUGGCAACAUUUGCCUUGACAUCCUGCAGGACAAGUGGUCUUCUGCUUAUGACUGCAGGACUAUUCUUCUGUCCAUUCAAAGUCUACUGGGAGAGCCAAACCCAGAGAGCCCCCUCAACAGCUAUGCUGCUGCUCUGUUGAGUAAUAAGGAAGAUUACAGAAAAAUGGUCCACAAACAGUACUAUGCUGGAGAAUCGUUUGAGAGCUGAUGCUCUAUGCCGGCAUUAUUUCAUUUGGGCACUCUUGCGCAGGGUAAAUUUUACAAUCAUAGAUAACUAUUGAGCAUUGGAAGUUCUUUAAACCUGAAGACCCAAUUAAGCCGAAAGGCGAUUGGAUUCUUACCCUUGGGCAACUCUGUUAAUAUCAGCCUCCUGUGAUUUGUCAUUGUGAAAUAAGACUGUAAGUUGUAAAGUUCAAUGAAUUUGAUGACAGCUUCUCUGUU